AUGGCGGCCGGCAACGCAAACCGCAUGGCGAACACGAAACGGACACCAACGCCACGGGAUGAACCCCUACAGAGUCUAGAAGCGAUACUGAACCGCUUCUGGGACACACUCAUGAAGCAGCAACAAGCAUCCCGACCCAUGAUACCUGCACCACCGACAAUGGGGGAGCGGAGCCGCGGAUGGCGGGGAGUAAAGGGAAAGCCCUUGGGCCUCAACUACCCACCUACAUGCAACCUAGCCCACCCGGGCUGCAGGCCAAAGGGCAGAGAGCCCAGAAGCAUCGUCCACAUGGGCGGAGGAAUAAGCAUUGCAAGCGAAAGAAAACGACCUGCUCCUCCGCCACUCCCACACAUGGAGGAAACCCGGGCCCUCGCGGUAGCUGAGUUUGUGGCCAGAAGAUGCAGGCCUGCAUGCCAGCCUGGGGCUGGAAGGACAUCCUCAUUGACACCCACACAGCACCGGACACACACAGCUUCUACAAAGAAGACAUCGGGUAAACGACUCUGAUGGGGCUUAGUUAACUCACUGCAAUGGGACACUGUCAUAAUGCUUGCCCCUCCAUAAUAGAGAGACCGCAAGAUUUACUGGGCGGCUGGACACACCUGUGGACACUGAGCGUAAAGUUAUGCCGGGGAGGCAGUUGGCUGACCUGUGGCCGCAGGGGGAACUGUUUUGGCGACCGCAUGGGAAGCUGUGCUGUCUCUGCUCCCCCGCCCUCGCGCGCUACUGAAUGAGACCGGGGUCUCAUUAAGCUGCGCACUGGGGAGCAGAGACAGAAGAGCCAGCUCCCCCUGCAGCCGCCAUCAGAGCUCUCCUUGCGCCUGCCAGCACACCAAUCUGUCUGCCCACAGGUAGCAACAACAAUUAUGUGUGUCAGUGGGAGUGUAUGUGUAUGUGUCUGUCAUUGUGUGUGUGUGUGUCUGUCUGUCUGUGUCAUGGUGUGUGUCUGUCUGUCAUGGUGUGUGUCUGUCUGUCAUGGUGUGUGUGUGUCUGUGUCAUGGUAUGUGUCUGUCUGUUAUGGCGUGUGUGUGUCAUGGUGUGUGUCUGUCUGUCAUGAUGUGUGUCUGUCAUGCUGUGUGUGUGUCUGUGUCAUGGUGUUUGUCUGUCUGUCAUGGUGUGUGUAUGUGUCAUGGUAAGUGUCUGUCUGUCAUGGUGUGUGUGUGUGUGUCUGUGACAUGGUGUGUGUCUGUCUGUCAUGGUGUGUGUGUGUCUGUGUCAUGGUGUGUGUCUGUCUGUCAUGGUGUGUGUCUGUGUCAUGGUGUGUCUGUCUGUCAUGGUGUGUGUGUGUGUGUGUGUGUCUGUCUGUCAUGGUGUGUGUGCAUGGUGUGUGUCUGUCUGUGUCAUGGUGUGUGUGUGUGUCUGUCUGUCAUGGUGUGUUUGUGUGUGUCUGUGUCAUGGUGUGUGUCUGUCUGUCAUGGUGUGUGUGUGUGUCUGUGUCAUGGUGUGUGUGUGUCUGUGUCACGGUGUGUCUGUCUGUGUUAUGUAAUGUGUGUCUGUCUGUGUCACGGUGUGUCUGUGUCAUGUAUGUGUCUGUGUCAUGGUGUGUGUGUCUGUGUCAUGGUGUGUGUCUGUCUGUGUCAUGGUCUUUGUGUGUCUGUCAUGGUGUGUGUGUCUGUCAUGGUGUGUGUGUCUGUCUGUCAUGGCGUGUGUGUGUCUGUCUGUCAUGGUGUGUGUGUGUCUGUCUGUGUCAUGUAAUGUGUGUCUGUCUGUGUCAUGGUGUGUCUGUAUCAUGGUGUGUGUCUGUCUGUUUCAUGGUGUGUGUGUGUCUGUCAUGGCAUGUGUGUGUCAAGGUGUGUGUAUGUCUGUCAUGGUAUGUGUGUGUCAUUGUGUGUGUGUGUCUGUCAUGGUAUGUGUGUGUCAUGGUGUGUGUGUGUCUCUGUCAUGGUAUGUGUGUGUGUGUCUGUCGUGGUGUAUGUGUGUGUCUGUGUGUGUUUUUAAAAAUAGUGUUUUUACUCACUUUUUUUUUUUCCAACGUCGUGCUGGUUUCCCAUCGACUGGCCCUGCCACUAUGGCUGAGAUCAUCAAGCUCUCAGCCAAUUCGCACUGACACAGGAAGCACCUCUAGUGACCGUCCUGAGUGUCUGUCACUAGAGGUGUCACUAGGAAGCAAUGUAAACAAUGCCUUUUCUCUGAAAAGUCAGUGUUUACAUUGAAAAGCCUGCAGGGACAGGCUAUAGACACCAGAACCACUACAUUAAGCUGUAUGUGUGAGCCUCCUAGUGAGUGAGCUUGCUUGCAUGUGUGUGUGUGGGCCUGCUAGUGAGUGAGCUUGUGUUUUUAUGUCAAUGAGCUUAGGUAUAUCAGUGAGAUUGUUUGUCUAUGAGGCUGUGUAUCAAUGAGCUUUUGUGUGUCAGUGAGAUUGUCUGUGUCUGCAUGUGAGUAUACUUACUGUAUAAUUAAACAUUUUACUCUGAAAGGACCAAUAUUUUAUAUUAGAAAAAGCAAUAUAUAUUUGAGAUAUAUAUAUUACUCAAUCAUCUGGGGUGGCAAGACAUAGCCUUACAUAUUACAUGCGACAAUAUAUGGGGCAAUGACUUAUGGGGCUGGCAUAGAUUUUUUUCCAGGGCUGCUUUGUACCCUCAGUCCGGCCGUGGUCCCAGACCCACCUGCCAAACCUCCAGAGCCGGCAUCGACUGACUGAGGUGGAGUGGACCGACCCAGAGACUGACUGUGCCCCUACAGGCCCAAAUGUAGAGACUAUGCCAGACUACAUAGCACAGUCUAUACCAAAAGGCUGUCAUUAUUCACUCCUGUAACUCACUGCACAGAAUAUCUAUAACAUUAGGUGCAACCACUAUAUACUAAUAAGCGACUCUACCCUAGCAGGUUACAGUGAACAAACGAACUGUUUGACAUUGCAUAGGUACAGGUGCACUAGCUAAAUGGGGUCGCUAGCGUUUUUACUGCAUUAUAGGUAUUAUCUAUGUUGCUGCUGAUCUAGUUAACGCAUAAACCAAGCUUGUUUGCAGGAUAUACUCACAUUUAAAUUGAUGUAUCAACGUUACAUUAAUUAAGCUUGAUAACUAAGACAUAUAUUACAGUCCACCUGUUUUCACAACUCAAUGUUCUAAGCUUGUUUAUAUAAUAUAAAAUGAGGCUGAUAAUUCUAGGAGUUUUUGUAAUUUGUUUUAUAUGAUCCUAAUCUGUAUAACCCCUGCAAGUCUCCCUCUCUUUAUUCUGUACCACCAUAACCACAUGCCUCAAUAAAAGAAAGAUUGACAAAAACAAAAUAACAAAUUCGCCAUGUUUUGACCAAACCCCAUUUAUUCCUGUUUCACUGCUGACACUAGCCAAAGUACCUGCUCUUAUUUAUCCAAACAUACACCAUACCCUUGAUGUAUUUCUCUUUCCCCAUUUCUCCUCUACUGCCAUGUUUUUCUUCCCUGAGUUUUUGGAAAGUAAUUUUGUCUUUUAUUAAUAUUAUUAUUUUAUUAUUAUUAGGACUCCUCACGUUUGUGAACUGUGCAUAUGUGAAGUGGGGUACUCGUGUCCAGGAUCUCUUCACGUAUGCCAAAGUGCUGGCUCUAAUUGCUGUCAUCAUUGCAGGAAUUGUGAAGAUAUGUCAAGGUGAGAUAUGGCGUUGUAGACAUCGUUUUUGGCUUGAGCAACAAGUGUAGGGUCUCCAACAGGCCUCAGUCCCAGAUUAAGAAUUAAUACUAAUACAGCCAAACCAUCUCCAAUGUUGCCUACAUUAUAUUAACCUCUUCAGGACCAGAAUUUGCAACUCUUUUGUUUUGCAUGACAGUCUUGGGAUAUUUCUAACACUGGUGGGGGUGAUAGACAGUAAGGCAUAUUGCUAGGGGUGAGGGUUAUGAGACAUCCAAACGCUAUGUUUCCACAAGACUGGUAUGAAAUAUUCACAUAGAGAGUGGUUAAUACUCUGCCUUGCUCCUUGAGAAAAGAUGGUAUUAGCUGCUCAAUUUUAGCUGUUAUCUUUGUUUGUCUCAUCAAAGUGGAAGCCAGGGGCACAGUGGCCUUGCGUAAUCUACCACCUCCGUUGCUAUAUGCACUAGGAGUAAGUUGAAUGAGUUCUAAUCAGAUAUCAGCAAAAAUUCAAAAAUCAUAUCGCAUUCAGUAUUGUAUUGCAUUAUUAUUAAUAAGUUAAUAUAUGUAGAUAUAUGACAUACCAAUUUAUGCACUGUAUUAAUUUAUGGUGGGUGAAAGUUUUUUGACAUUGAGAACAGAGAAUAGAAAAUGGAAAGCCAACAAGCAGAAGAAAGAAAAACAUAUUGAGAGAAAGGCAACAUAAUUGAUUGAGAUAUGUAUGAAGCCUGUUUUAUCUUGUGUGGUCCUUAAGGACUAGUGUAUUAUUGUGAUUUUUGAUACAGGUGUGUUCACCUUUAAUUUAAUUAGCUCUCAUGUAGUGAGUUUUAUAGCUCACACAUUCCCAAAGUAGAUAUGGACUAUCUUUUAGAGAAGUAAGUGAUAACACGAGGUUUAUCUCGAAGAGUUACUGUGAUAUGCAAUUAAAUAUGUUUAGGAUUAUUCAAUAAACCAGGAGUUGUUGUGAAUUCACCAAUGAGAAUUGCCAAUUUAAGUUCAGAAUAGACGAGCUAGAAAUAAAAAAAAAGUUUAGUUUUUUUUUUUAUCAGUUUGACUAUUGUGACCUAAAAUGUUCCCAACAUCACAUUCCAUAAACUUUGAAUGCUUUAUAUUUCUAGGUUCAUGUGUUAUCAAUUCCUUUUUCAUGAUCUAAUUUGCUUUAUUGCCCUCUCUCCUUCCCCACCUCCCACAGGUCACACACAGAAUUUUGAAGACUCCUUUGCAGGUUCCUCUCCGGAUGUUGGCAACAUUGCGCUUGCUCUGUACUCGGCUCUCUUUUCAUACUCAGGAUGGGACACCCUCAAUUUUGUCACAGAAGAGAUAAAAAAUCCAGAGAGGUAAUAACUGGUAGUGUAAGCAGUUUACAUGGAUACUGGAAAUAAAGCUGAACACAGUUGGAGGAUAGGGAGGGAGAUUUUAAAAACGUUUGAAAGAUUUUAUGGAAGUGGACUAAAGAGCAAGUAAAAGUUAGGAAAAAACAUUUCAGAGGGCGAGGAGAUGACUCAUCGAGAGUAAAUGGAGAUAAAAACAGAAGCUGGGCAGACCUCUCAAGGUCAGGCUAAGAGGUAGAUUAGAUACAGAGCAAAAUGCAGCUAGUGGAUAAAAAUAGCAUUUAAUGGAAAAUAUGCAUAUAGAGGCUAGGAUAGGAAUUUAUAAGGAAAGAGAUUGAGCGAAUACGACUAUUCUCUAUUUGUGGUAGAUCAUGUCCUUCCAUCUGUUUUAGGAAUCUGCCUCUGGCCAUCGGGAUAUCCAUGCCCAUUGUGACCGUGAUAUACAUUCUGACCAACGUGGCUUAUUAUACGGUGCUGGAUAUGCGGGCCAUUCUGGGUAGUGAUGCUGUUGCCGUGGUAAGACACCUGUAAGCAAACACAUUGUCUGGUUUGCUUUCUGAUUAUGUCUGGGAAAUGUAGGAGCUAAAAAGGUAUUUUAGUAGCUGACAUACAUUACUUUAGGAAAAAAUGUGUACAUCAAUGGACAUCUAUUACUUAAGUACUUUGGGAUAGGGCUAUCACAACCCCAAUCCAUGAUGUAAGUAGGCACUGAAUAAAUGAAGAUUAGAGAUCACUGCAUAGAACCAAGAGCAAGAGAUAGGAUUGGGAGAAUGAAUGAAUGAAAAUGCAUGGAAAAAUAGAAAUAGGAUAUUAAUACUGUAACAGAAACACAAUGGCCUCAAUUUAAUUUAUUUCAAACCACAUCAGAAAUGUUACCAUUUAGUUAGAAUUUUUAAAAAAAAAUAUAUAUAUUUAUCUACAAAGUCACCAUUAAAUACUAUGGGAAUUUGUGUAGAUAGAUCAUUUGAAAAAGUAUUUUAUUUUUUUGUAACAGAUUGUAAUAACGUCUUAUGCCGAUUCAAAUAAAUUAAACUGAGUCCAAUGUUUGUAUCAUUUACUAAGUCUGCUCUUAAUAUCCCUUUUUUCCCAGACAUUUGCUGAUCAAAUUUUUGGAAUAUUUAACUGGACAAUUCCGCUUGCUGUCGCUCUCUCUUGUUUUGGAGGCCUAAAUGCAUCGAUCCUCGCUGCAUCCAGGUAAAAAAAAAUCAUCAGCAACUCUCCUGAGAGACAGCAAUUGCUAAAUGCCUAUCUGAGGUUAAUGAUAUUGUGGGCAACUGCCUGGGGGCAGUUAUAAUAUCGAAAAGUGCCAAAUGGACAUGCUUGGAUGGAGUGUUAUGUACUUUGCCACUAGAUUACCUUGUUUCAAUUUACCGACUAUUUUAUCCUUUUAAAAUGAACAUACCUUUUUUAUAUUUAAUCCUAUAGCAUUUUUUUGUUCCAUUUGUUCUUCAUUACCUUCAUUAUAGACAGGUGGUAAAAUAAUAUUACAUCUUCACACUCACAGUGAAAGAGAGUAUUUAUGUUGCAGUUAUGAAGCAACAUAGUCAGUUAUCACUUCAUAACCAUAAUUAAGGGGUCCUGAUCAGAAAGACAUUCAAGGAGGAACAGAUUGCAUUAUGAUUGGGUCCCUCCUUCUAACAUGGGUUUCCAAAUAUCAAUAAAUGAAUUGGAAUGGUUUAUUGACCAUCUCAGGAAAGGGAGAUGAAGUGCCAUUUGGAAAAAAAAUAUUUAACCUUGUUUGUAUUUUUAUUUUGUGUACCUUCCACCUCCUCAUUGUGGAAGAUAACCAGCAAACAGGAAUGUAAGUAAGAAACAUAGCUCAGAUUUGAUACCAUUGGCAAUAAAAUCAUUUCUGCUUGCAGCUGCUAAAAUAAGCAAUACUGCUCUCUAUCUCUUUCAGUGACUAACCUGGUCGCUAUCUAAAAAAUGCCUUACAAUGCACAUUCUUAGGUUAGGGAGAUAAGGUCAAACCUACUUCAGGAAUAAACAGUGUUCCACAUGGGAUUCACCUAUGAAUAGUGCCAGAGACAAUGCAUUAAAUCUGCCUCUACUUGAUUACAUUUUAAGCAAGUACUGUCUGUGGCCAAUCAUAAAUCACAGUGAAACAGCGCCUAUGAAAUAUUUCCCCCCAAUUUUAUCCCAAUAGGAAGCAGAGGGUAUGCACCUGUCUAGGAUUUUUGUGACUGCAGUAGGGGUGAGAUCAGAAAACAGAGAAAGUCCAAGCCACCAUGCCCCAACAAUGAUUAUCCAAAUUAAUUAUUGUUUGAUUCACAGUGUAGUUGCCGUAGUGUUGAAAGAUAUGUUAUAGUGAAGAGUUAAGAGUCUAUUCAUAAAGUAAGAGGGGCUGCGGGAGGCAAAGUACUUUUUUAAGUAGUACACCAGUGGCAUGGAAUAGUGGGGUGAAUCAUAUGAUGGUGAAUCAUUGUUUACAAGCCUGUGCCUGUGAAUGGUUGUGAAAUAUCUUGGUCAACAAACGUAUGUAUUCCAGUGAGGCCCAUCGUACUAAGGAUACAAAAUGUACACUGGUGUGGCUGGCUUGCAGGCCUCUUACUUCCCCUGCCACUUUAUGCAUCUAUUUAUCCCCCAACCCCUUUGUGUCUCUUUUUUCCCUUCCCCUUUGUGUGUCUCUUUCUCCCUGGAAUUAUGUGUCUGUUUCCCACCCCCUUCCCCAGCCGAUCUGUGUAUCUCUUUGUCCACCCAGCCCUUCAUUGUGUCAAUGUGUCCCCCCUCAGUCCCUCUAUAUGUCUAUUUGAGCCCCCUAUACCAUCUGUGUGUGUAUGCAUGCCUGUUCCCCCCAGCACUCCUGUGUGUCUGUUUGUCCCCAAAGCUCUUCUGUGUGUCUCUUUGAGUCUCCCAGCCCCUCCCUCUGUGUGUCGUUUUGUGCCAUUCCAUUUGUCUCAUUCCCCCAGUCCCUCCAUGUAUCUAAUUCACUUCCCAGCCUAUUCAUGUGUCUCAUUAACAAAUUCAUGUCUUAUUCACACCCCCCAGCCCCUUAAUGUUCCUCAUCCCCCCAGGUGUCCCAUUCAUCCCCCUCCACAGCCUCUCCAUUUCCCCCCUAGCCCCUCCAUGAGUCCCACCCCACAAGCCUCUCCAUGUGUCCCAAUUCCCCCUUCAAUGUGUCCAUUCCCCCUUUCAAGCCUCUCCAUGUGUUCCUAUCCAACCCCUCCCCAGCCUGUCCAUGUGUAUCAUCCCCCUCCCCUCCAAUCAUACAUCCUUUCUAUUAGUUCCAUGUGUCCUGUUCCAACCUCGGCCUCUCCAUGUGCCUUUUCUCCCUUCCCUGCCUUCCACUUGGUAUGCCACUGAAUGGGGCUAGAAUGUAUUAAUACUCUGUGCUAUAGCUGUCUGGGCAUGAUAUUAACUUGGCUUUCAUAUUUUUUUGUGAGCUGUGCGUAUGAUUAUAUGAUUUCUCAUUACCUGCUUAGUGACUCUACAAAAAAGAUUACCAUCCUCCUGCCUUCUUAUUAAAAAUGUAGUUAUUAUUUGAUAAAAUAUUUUCUAAUAUUUAUAGAAGCUAUAUUGACCAGUUUCAUUACUUUGGCAAAGCUAAAUGUGUAUUUGGCGCUACAUUGAUUUUCUUCAUUGAGAUUGAUAAAGACAUAAUAUUAGAUAUAAUUAAGCCAUAGGAGUGCACAGUCAUUCCCCCUAUAAAUAUAAUAUCAUAAUAUAAUGUUCUAAGUGAAUAGCAUCCAUUCUGUAUCAUUCAGAGCAGGAUUGACCAUAAGAUGAAAUUAGUUGGCCGUGUAGUGCCCAGGGGUUUGACAUGGUCCCUGAACCAAAGCAUGACAUCAUCAUACAUUUAAAUGUAUAAAAAUGAAAUGUACUAUGGCAUGCUAAAUUAUGCCACAGUUUUUUUGGGGGGUGAUUAAACAGCUCUGCAGAAUUUGUUAGUGCUUUAUAAAUGAUAAAACCAAGGAGUAAAUGUUUCUAUUUAUUCCAGGCUGUUCUUUGUUGGCUCUCGGGAGGGCCACCUUCCUGAUGCACUAAGUAUGAUCCACGUGGAAAGAUUUACUCCAAUUCCUGCACUGUUGUUUAAUGUGAGUAUGUGAAAUGGAACUUUCUGCUAGAUUGAUUUACAUAUUUAUCACUAAUAUCACUUCAGUUUAUUGAUCAUUUAAAUUUACUGAUGCAUUACCUUGACAUUUAAAAUAUGUUACUCAUUGAUUCAUUCUGAGUUAUAGCACAAUAAGGUAAAAUAAAAGAAGCAUUUUAAUAACAUUGUCAUGAAUGAUGAGCAUCUGCUAAGCCCUUUAACAUAAUAAUGGAACCCUUAUAUUUUCUGACUUGAAUCUUUGAAUCACAGGUUGACUGUGCCAUCACACCAAUAUUAUUUGAAGACAUCACAAAGUAAUAAGAUUAGAAAAUAAUAGCACCUGGUAUUUGUCUCAUCCUUAGGGAGCCAUGGCUUUGGUAUAUCUGUGUGUUGAAGACAUCUUCCAGCUCAUUAAUUAUUACAGCUUCAGUUACUGGCUAUUUGUGGGCUUGUCUAUUGCUGGGCAGUUAUAUUUAAGGUGGAAGGAGCCAGACAGACCAAGACCUCUCAAAGUAAGUACUCAACUGAAUAUUACAAUGAACACACAGUUCCAACUUUAUAUCACCUGAACAUUCUCUAUCUAUAUAAUAUUACAUGUUGAUACCAAUGAUCUUGCGAUCUUUGUACAAACAAUACUGUGUUUUUUCUAUAUCGCUCCAGUGUACCCAACUUUUUUAAACAUAUACAUUAUGUGAAAUGUUAUCUGAUCUGUUGUCUGUGCUCUUUUCUAAGCUUUUGUUUUUGAGACGUCUUUACAUGUCCACUUAAGAACCAGGUUUUAUUUCCUCACUGGCCAUACAUAACCUGCAGUCCCCGUGUCGCCAUAACCACACUUACAAAUGCAAACUUAGGUAAAAUGUAAAGACAAACGUCUGUAGGUGUUUCAUGCUUAGCCAAGCAAAAUGUCUUUGAAGAAGUGCACGAAAUCCUCUGAAUGUGAAGGAUACAUACUCUGCUGAAUGUUUUGCAUGAAAGUUGAUUUUUUUCUUUUUAAAAAACUAAAAUCUUAUAAAUACUGGGGAUGUAAAAAUUGACUUUGUAUUUCUGUUUAAUGUUAAGUGUAUGAGUAGCAUCCUCAGUAUUCAUGUUAUCUCAUAAGAACAUUGAUCUUCUCAGGAUUUCCAUCUGCCUUUUUCCUGUGAUACUCCAUUAAUUAACUCAAAGUCCACAACUCCAUAUAAUUUAUAUUUUAUCCUCUUCUUGUCGCUGCCUCUACAUUUUCAAGGUUCCUCCAUUCAAUCAUUCUACCUUUGGACCUUGGUUCUUCCUUGUUUGCCGAACACUUAUUUCUACUAGGUCCAAUUUUGGUAUCUGUAUCACAGUUUUUUUUUGUUUUGUUUUUUUCAUUACAGCUCAGCCUGGUAUUUCCAGUUGUAUUCUGUCUAUGCACUGUGUUUCUGGUAGCAGUGCCCCUGUACAGUGAUUUAAUAAAUUCAUUAAUUGGAGUGGCCAUUGCUCUUUCUGGAGUUCCAGUCUAUUUUUUUAUCGUACGUGUUCCAGAGAAGAAAAAACCAAACUGGUUACGGCAAAUGGCAGGUAUGUCUAUGUUACGUUCAUGUUAUGUAGUAGAUGGGUGUGUGUAUAUACUGUAAUACUGUAAGCAUCAGAACAGGUACAGUAUGUGACACAUAGUGUAGUCUACAGUAGAUGUAGGCUGUUGGUUAGGUGUAGUUGGUGCCAUGCAAUCCAAUUGGUUUGCUUUGCUCAGUUUCUGCACUUUCUCUUUCAGCUUCGGUGACAUACUAUACUCAGGUCAUGUGCUUCUCUGUCAUUACUGAGAUGGAUAUAGAAAAAGAAGAAAAACAGUUGUCUAAAUCUGACUGA